AUGUAUUCACCAGAACAGAUCGCUGAGGAUGCCUCUUCUUCAACUGCGGCAGAUUCAACUGAGCCAGUGCGCCGUUCAUUAACCAAAGCUGAACGAGAAGCACACAGAAGAUCUAAUGAAACACAAAUCGAUCGUGAUUUACGCCUUGCAGCCAAGAGAGGACGAGCAGCAUCAAGGAAGUCCAAUGAGACAAAAGACGAACGUACUUUGCGUCUAAAACUUGAUGCAGAAAGAGCAAGACAAAGAAGAUUGGCAGAGACCGAAGAGAAGAAAUCUGCGCGUUUGGCUGAAGUUGCAGAAAGGGCAAGAAAAAGGCGAUUGCCUGUGUCGGAGAAGAAUCGCAUGCUGGAGCCGUGUACAGGCAUAGAUAUGAUAGGUACACAGUCUACUGCAGCGUCUCCUCAGGAAUUUGAGGAUCGACUCGUUCAAAAACGUUCGCGAACCUUACAUUGUGGAGAACAACGUUGCUUAGUUUCCUGUACUUGCGGCCGAGAUGGCUACGAACAUGUGAGUGACUCUUCGAAGAUUCCACUACCAUACUCCGUCACUACGCUCUCUGAGAAUACAACACAGGUCAUGGAAGAAAGUAUCAGUGAUAUGGAUGUGCAUGCCUCCAAUUUCGCGGGUUUUCGGAAGUUCAUGAGAGAGGAACAGGACUGCGGGCACAGCUUACAUCCAUGUGGAACAUGUUCGGUACGACCAGAAGCAGAAAAUCAAGAUCCAUGUGCUACAUUCGGCAUGGUCUCAACUGUAAACAACAUAAAAGGCUUUAGAGAAUUACAUGAAAUAACAGAAAACAUGUCAUGCAAGCUGACGUUCCCAUCAUUUGAAAGGUCUUCAACAACUAUUUUAUCAACUUCUACUGGACUAUCUAAUCUACCGAAGGUUACUAGCGAUGUUCAUGGUACGAGGGCGAUGAACUCAAUCCCCGCUCAAGCUGUACGCAGACGUUUCGAGACAGAAGCGCAAAGGAGCGAACGUUUAAGGGCAGAUACAGAAAGAGCAAGAAGACGGAUAGCAUUAGAAACUGACCAGCAGAGCAUGUCGCGUCGUCAGCAAUUUGCUGCUAAUACCAGGAGGCGGCGAGCAAACUUGGCGCGAAUCAAUCAAGCUCAGGUUGCCACGAUGAACGACCCUGCUGAAAGUUCGUUUGCUUCUUCUAUCAGUCAUCUGCUUUCCGUUGUAUCAACUUACGCAGGUCCUUCCGAGAGCGACGUUUCAUUUAGGCUGCGUGCUAACAAGCAGCUUGCUUAUUUGGAAAGUAAGAAUUUCAAAGAGCCCUUGGAGAGAACAUGGGUCGCAUUAUUGAAACUGGCUCUAGAUCCUGUGGAGAAGGUAGCACGCAUGGCCCAGAAGCUUGUACGCAGAGUUGAAAUGACAGCUGUUGAUCUGCAAAAUAGUGCUUCCGCAAUGACUGAAAAGAUUGAGAGUGUUUCCAGUUUUGCUAGUAUGGCUAAAGUUGAUUCAUCAUCGCAUGUACAUAGAGAUUCAUUUUCUGGAGCGGAAGCAGACGCCUCCAAUAAUGAGGCUGGUGAUGCAAAUCGAGGUUGA